CUUGAGUAUGUAUCAUUUGCUUUAUUGGUGUCAUUUGCAUUGAGGAAGUAUUUCUGACUCUGAAUAUCAUUUUAUUCCCUCAGAUGACAUGGAAGCCAUUCCUGUGAAACAAUUUGUUAAACACAUCAGUGAGCUAUAUUCUAAUAAUCAGCAUGGGUUCUCCGAGGAUUUUGAGGAAGUUCAGCGCUGUACAGCUGAUAUGAACAUCACCGCAGAACAUUCCAAUCAUCCAGAUAACAAGCACAAAAACAGAUACAUCAACAUUUUAGCAUAUGACCACAGUAGGGUGAAGUUAAGACCAUUACCAGGAAAAGACUCUAAGCACAGCGACUACAUUAAUGCAAACUAUGUUGAUGGUUACAACAAAGCAAAAGCCUACAUCGCCACCCAGGGACCUUUAAAGUCUACAUUUGAAGAUUUCUGGAGGAUGAUUUGGGAACAAAAUACUGGAAUCAUUAUCAUGAUUACAAAUCUUGUGGAGAAAGGAAGAAGAAAAUGUGAUCAGUAUUGGCCAACAGAGAAUAGUGAGGAAUAUGGAAACAUUAUUGUCACACUGAAGAGCACAAAAGUACAUGCCUGCUAUACUGUUCGUCGUUUUUCAAUCAGAAAUACAAAAGUGAAGAAGGGCCAGAAGGGAAAUCCCAAGGGCCGUCAGAAUGAACGAAUAGUGAUCCAGUACCACUACACGCAGUGGCCUGACAUGGGAGUCCCCGAGUAUGCCCUCCCGGUCCUAACCUUCGUGAGGAGAUCCUCAGCCACCCGGACACCAGACAUGGGGCCUGUGCUGGUGCACUGCAGUGCUGGUGUGGGCAGGACGGGCACUUACAUUGUGAUAGACAGCAUGCUACAACAGAUAAAAGACAAAAGCACAGUUAAUGUCCUGGGAUUCCUCAAGCAUAUCAGGACACAGCGCAACUACCUCGUCCAGACAGAGGAGCAGUAUAUUUUCAUCCACGAUGCCUUGCUGGAGGCCAUUCUUGGGAAUGAAACUGAAGUAUCUUCAAAUCAGCUGCAUAGCUACGUUAACAGCAUCCUUAUACCUGGAGUAGGAGGAAAGACACGACUGGAGAAACAAUUCAAGCUUGUCACGCAGUGUAAUGCAAAAUACGUGGAAUGCUUCAGUGCUCAGAAAGAGUGUAACAAAGAAAAGAACAGAAACUCUUCAGUCGUGCCAUCUGAGCGAGCUCGAGUGGGUCUUGCACCUUUGCCUGGAAUGAAAGGAACAGAUUACAUUAAUGCUUCUUACAUCAUGGGAUAUUACAGGAGCAAUGAAUUUAUUAUAACCCAGCAUCCUCUGCCACAUACUACGAAAGAUUUCUGGCGAAUGAUUUGGGAUCAUAAUGCACAGAUCAUUGUCAUGCUGCCAGACAACCAGAGCCUGGCAGAAGAUGAGUUUGUCUAUUGGCCAAGUCGAGAAGAAUCCAUGAACUGUGAGGCUUUUACUGUCACCCUUAUCAGCAAAGACAGACUGUGCCUCUCUAAUGAAGAACAAAUUAUCAUCCAUGACUUUAUCCUUGAAGCAACACAGGAUGACUAUGUCCUAGAAGUCCGGCACUUUCAGUGUCCCAAAUGGCCUAAUCCAGAUGCCCCCAUAAGCAGUACCUUUGAACUGAUCAAUGUCAUCAAGGAAGAGGCCUUAACACGGGAUGGUCCCACCAUUGUUCAUGAUGAGUAUGUAUCUUUUCUUCUUAAAACUCAGACAUUGCUUUUGUUGAACUGCUAUGAAAGUGAAGACAGAAUUUAAAAACCUACUCUGUUAACUUGUGAUA